AUGUUUUUUGCUAUUACUUCUCUUGGAAUCUCCAAGAUUUUACCAUACAAAAGAUUGCCUGAUCAUAGAUUCUUCCCAAUAGAUGGACCAUUCCGAAAACGGAACUGCCAGAUGCUACCAAGAAUCAAGGAAGAUGAAAAUGGCUGGUGGAAGAAGAUCAGAAGGCACCUUGGUGCAGGCGCCAUCAUGUAUGGCAUCCCAUUCCAAGAAGCCGAAGAAAAUGGCCCAUUCAGACCAAUGCCAAUCCAUCCACCACCAUAUUUCCAGGAAGAUGAAAAUGGCUGGUGGAAGAAGAUCAGAAGGCACCUUGGUGCAGGCGCCAUCAUGUAUGGCAUCCCAUUCCAAGAAGCCGAAGAAAAUGGCCCAUUCAGACCAAUGCCAAUCCAUCCACCACCAUAUUUCCAGGAAGAUGAAAAUGGCUGGUGGAAGAAGAUCAGAAGACACCUUGGUGCAGGUGGCAUCAUGUAUGGCAUCCCAUUCCAAGUAGCCGAAGAAAGCAACAUGGGCCCCCCUCUUGAGUGUUGGCAUACACUUUACAGAAGAAGGAAAGAGUGA